UUUCAGGAUUAUGACGAAUAUCAAACAAUGGGUUGAAGAUGAACUGCACAAUAUCCUUGGAUUAUCUGACAGUCUCCUCACUGAAUACAUUGUAGACCUUGCUAAAAAGUCCAAUUCUGUUAGUGAUUUGGUGUAUGAUCUUCACAAAUCAGCUGGGGUUCCUAAAACGGACAAGCUUGAAGAGUUUGCUGGAAAGUUAAUAGGACAAUUACCUAAGAAACAGAAAACAGCUUCAGUAAAUAGCAAGCAAGUUCAAUUGAAAGCUGCCCGUCAGAGUGAGUUAAAGAAUAAAUCAUAUGCAUUUAUACCUGAACCAGAAGUGCCUAAGACAAAAGCACCUAAGAAAAAGUCUCGGAAGCAAAGCUCUGAAUCAGAAGAUGAAACUAUUGUUGUGAAACGGAGAGGAAAGAAAGUUAAGGAACGUAAAAAAUCUGAAAUAUCUCCAGAUGAUGAAUGGGAAGCUGCUGAAAAUGAAAGGGUAAAAGAUAUGAAAGAUAAGGAAGAAUUUGUAGACAGGCUGAAGAAGCGCGAUAAAGGAGACACUCGAAAUGUAGCUGAAGAUUCAAGCAAAAAUCGUUAUGAUGAUGCUAAAAAGACCUUGCAAUUAAAUGAAGAGGAUAAAAAACGGAUGAUUCCUGAACUCCGUAAGCAAUCUCGACGAGAGUAUGCCAAGAAAAGGAAAGAUAUGAAGUUGGAGGAGUUGGUUGAUGACAUUCGUGAUGAAGAGUACCUUUUCAAGGAUGUAGAGAUUACUGAAAGGGAAAGGAAUCAAUUGGAUAGAAAGAAAGAGCUGCUGGAUCUAGCCCAAAGAUAUAACAAAGCAGGAGAUGUCGAAAAAGUGCAGCGAUAUGCUAUGCCAACUGAAAGUGACACAUUUGAAUACUAUAAUGAUCCUGAUGAGCAGUCAGGGCAGGAGCUAGGUCCUAAGGCUGAAAUAAAAAGGUGGGAACAAGAGCAGUUGAAUAAAGCUGAAUUGAAGUUUGGUGCAAAAGCUGGCAAGAAAGAACAGAAGGAGUACGAGUUUCUGGUUGAAGAUGCUGUAGAUUUCGUUCUAGCUGAUACCAUCAAAGGGUCCAAUGAAGGUGCACCAGAAGUUUCUGCAGCUGAAGUAAAAAAGCAGACAAUUAAAGAAUGUCAAGAAUCAUUACCAAUUUAUUUCUACAAAGAGUCUCUGCUUGAUGCAAUUAGAGAGCACCAAGUACUUAUUAUAGAGGGUGAAACUGGAUCAGGUAAGACAACUCAGAUUCCUCAAUAUCUUUAUCAUGGAGGAUUUUGCGAUAAUGACAUGAAAAUAGGAUGUACACAGCCAAGGCGUGUUGCUGCAAUGAGUGUGGCCUCUAGAGUUGCUGAGGAAAUGGAUGUGAAACUGGGAAAUGAAGUUGGGUACUCCAUCAGAUUUGAAGACUGCACCUCAGACCGUACUAAGAUUAGGUACAUGACUGAUGGUAUGUUACUCAGAGACUUUCUCGGUGAACCAGAUUUAGCAUCAUACUCUGUUAUGAUAAUUGAUGAGGCCCAUGAAAGAACCUUACACACUGAUGUACUUUUUGGAUUGGUCAAAGAUAUUGCAAGGUUUAGGCCAGAUUUAAAGCUCUUGAUCUCCAGUGCAACUUUAGAUGCUGGCAAAUUUUCAGAGUUCUUUGAUGAUGCUCCUAUAUUCAGAAUUCCCGGACGGAGAUUUCCUGUAGAAAUUUAUUACACGAAAGCCCCUGAAGCUGACUAUCUACAGGCAGCUGUGGUAUCAGUUCUUCAGAUUCAUCUGACUCAACCUAGUGGGGAUAUUCUCGUAUUUCUCUCUGGUCAGGAGGAAAUCGAAACAGCACAGGAAAUCCUUCAGGACAAAGUUAGAAGACUUGGUAGUAAGAUCAAAGAGUUGAUAAUCUUACCAAUUUAUGCCAAUUUACCUUCAGAAAUGCAAGCCAAGAUAUUUGAGCCAACACCUCCUGGAGGGAGAAAAGUUAUCUUAGGAACAAACAUUGCAGAAACAUCUCUCACUAUAAAUGGUAUUGUUUAUGUGAUAGACCCAGGCUAUUGUAAACAGAAAAGCUACAACCCUAGAACGAGCAUGGAAGCACUGACAGUGGUGCCCAUCUCAAAAGCCUCAGCUGAUCAGCGUGCAGGUAGGGCUGGUCGUGUGUCUGCAGGUAAAUGUUUCAGAUUGUACACUGCUUGGUCCUACACGAAUGAGCUGGAAGCAAGCCCUGUUCCUGAAAUCCAGAGAACAAACUUGGGAAAUGUCGUUCUCAUGUUAAAAAGUUUGGGAAUAAAUGAUUUACUAAACUUUGACUUCAUGGAUCCCCCUCCUGCAGAAACCUUGAUUGUAUCCCUUGAACAACUCUAUGCACUUGGUGCUCUAAACCACAAAGGAGAUUUGACCUUGACUGGCAGGAAAAUGGCAGAAUUCCCCCUGGACCCGAUGAUGGCCAAAACCUUGAUAGCUUCAGAGAAGUACGGUGUUGUUGAGGAAGUCAUGACUAUAGCAUCAAUGUUAGGAGUGAACAGUGCUGUAUUUUACCGACCAAAAGAUCAAGCUGUUCACGCUGAUAAUGCGAGAACCAACUUCUUUUCUCCAGGCGGUGAUCAUUUGUCUCUGCUGAAGGUUUAUGAGAAUUGGGCAGCUACUGACUAUUCAACACAGUGGUGUUUUGAGAACUUCAUUCAGCACAGGUCGAUGAAACGUGCUCGGGCAAUCAAAGAUCAGCUUCAAGGCUUGCUCGACAGAACCGAAAUCGAUCUGCUGUCAAAUCCCAUGGAACAUGUCGGAAUUAGGAAAGCCAUAACAUCGGGUUACUUUUACCACACAGCGAGGUUGACAGCUAAUGGACUUUACAAAACUGUCAAACAUCAACAGAGUGUCCACAUUCACCCUAAUUCUAGCUUGUUUGAAGAACAGCCUAAAUGGGUCAUAUAUCACGAACUGGUUCUCACUUCUAAAGAAUUCAUGAGACAGUCGAUAGAGAUCGAGAGUAAGUGGUUGGUAGAGGUAGCCCCGCAUUACUACAAAGAAAAGGAUAUCGAAGAGAAGAAAAUGCCAAAACAGCGUGGGAAAGCUAAAGCUGAACUGGGUUGACAGUUUUAAAGAGACUUGAGUUUGGGGUUCAAAUAUGCAGCGUUUGGUAUUUGGGUAUUGUGUUCAGAGGUUUAGCCAAACUGCAUCGAAAUAUAGUGUCCUCCGUGAGCGACGUUUUCAUAAUUCAUAUUUUUAUUUAUUAUGUAUUCAAUUUGUUAACUUUUAAAGAAUAUUUUAAUUCUGUUUCGAACUAUA